UUGGGCAGCUGCUUGGUACCCUCUCUUGCCAUUCUGCCUUUUCGACUUCCGCAUUCAUAUUCGGGAAUAGAUUGAGGGAGAAGCAGGUUUUUGUUUAGGUCUGGUGCCACGUACCAUAACGAAUUAGCGCAUGACUUGCGAGGUAGACUGAAUAAACUGACAGAAAAAGGAGGGAAUACGUAACAACUUCCAUACUUGAUUGCUUUACUAUAAAAACACAAUCAUAUUAAACCCCAAAUCCCGAAUCUCCCCUCUCAACAAUCAAAUGGAAAAGGGAACCACAUCUCAACACUCCUCAAUGCCUCUGGUUUCCAGGUUGGAUCAUUUGGAUUUCAUGAUGAAAUAUUUAGAAGGGAAAAUAAGUUUGCAGAAAGGGAUGGAAAAAGCAUGCUUGCCGUUAGAUUUGGCAAUGAGGGAAGCUUACUUCAAAGGGUCUUUGCUGGACAGGGUGACAUCUCUUGAACAUAGACUUUUUCAGCUGUGUUUGGAUCUGGAAUCCAGUAGCACAUUGAGCACCUUGACGUCGACAUCCGGUUAUGCGUCAUCCAGCCAAGGAUCUAGAGCACAACCCAUACCUCGCUCGAUACCGACCUUCGCCAACUCGAAUAAACUUCGCAAGGAGGAAGCUCGUCUACCUCUGCUUUCCAGGUCUCAAAUUCAGGGAGAAUCCGAAACAAUGCUACCGCAAAAGAAGAAAGAUUUGAAUCCUCUUAAGCACAAAAGGAGCAGCAAGAAAGAAAUAAUAUGCAGCAAUAGUGGGAAGAAGGUAUCUCCCAACUGGUCACAUUGGAAAAUACUGGGUUGCUAAUGGAUCUGACUUUUUAGUUUGCUUUCCAUUGACAUUCUAAUUUCAAAUUUCUUGAUGAAAUUUGUCAUAAUCUCAACUGUUAUGUCAAGACUGCAAUGAAUGA